AAGGAUAAAAUCUAUAAAUAAAAGAAUACCCAAUUUUUCCAUCACUGUCAACCAUUCAUCAUUGUUCUUAUCGAUCACAGUUCACAAGGUUUGUCCCCUUCGAUUUUAUCUGGAAGCAGAAGGCCUAUAGAUCUUCCGAGUCAUCACUCACAACUCACGAGUUUUGCUCUAUCUCUAUCCACUUGUCCACCCACUUGGCCCACAUGGGUCCUUUCCUUAUCCAAUACCCGCCCAAACUCUCUAAACGGCCAGUCAACGUCCUCUCUCUAUGCCUCUAGAAGGGUUUUGUAAUCAGCGGAAUCUGUGUGCGCGCGUGGCACAUGCUGAUGCCUCUAUCCGAUAUCUAGGGCAGUUGUCUGUCAUCGUCUCUUUCUAUAAAUAUCUAAUUGGGGAUUCCGCCCGAUUCAGCUUCUAAAAGUCUUUCAACGCUGAAAUGUAUUUGAGUGAGUUUUCUGAGUUGAUUCCUGGCUUACCGGAAGAGCUCGCGCUUGAGUGCCUGACUCGUCUGCACUACUCGACUCACCGAGUCUCCGCCCAAGUUUGUCGCCGAUGGAGGCAGCUUCUGCACAGCAGAGGCUUCUACUACCACAGGAAGCAAUUCGGGUAUACCCGUAAAGCGGCAUGCUUGGUUCAAUCACUCCCGGUUGGAUCCGGUUGUAAUGGGUCCAAACCGAUUGGACCGCCAGGUUUUGGGGUGUCCGUAUUCGACCCGGACAGUGGGGAUUGGGACAGGAUCGACCCGGUUCCCAAGUACCCAGAUGGGCUACCGUUGUUCUGUCAGGUGACGAGCUCGGAGGGCAAGCUCGUGGUCAUGGGAGGAUGGCACCCGACGAGUUACGAGCCGGUGAAGGACGUCUUCGUGUUCGAGUUCACGUUUCGGCGGUGGAGGAGGGGCAAGGACAUGCCGGAGACUCGAUCGUUCUUCGCCGCCGGUGAGUUGGGUGGGCGAAUUAUCAUCGCCGGUGGGCACGACGGUAGCAAGAACGCGUUGCGGUCGGCUUGGGUUUACGACGUGAGGAGGGACGAGUGGGCCGAGUUGACCUCGAUGAGUCAGGAGCGAGACGAGUGCGAAGGGGUCGUGAUCGGUUCCGAGUUCUGGGUGGUGAGCGGGUACAAGACCGAGAGCCAAGGCGGCUUCGAGGUAAGCGCGGAGUCCUACGACUUGGGGACGGGUCAGUGGAGGCGAGUAGAGGACGCGUGGACGGCGACUCAGUGUCCAAAGUCCUGUGUCGGUGUGGGAAAAGAUGGGAAGCUGUUUUGUUGGGCCGAGUUGGCCUCGGAGGUCCGAGCCGGGGCGUGCGGGGUUGAGUUGGGUCGUAGGACCUUCUUGUCCGGGUCGGCGUACCAAGGCGGGCCACAGGGGUUCUUUGUAAUGGAAGGGCAAAAUGGUAAACUGGAGAGGAUAGAAGUGGAUGAGGAGUUUUUGGGAAUCGUGCAAUCAGGCUGCUGCGUGGAGAUCUAAUCGGCUGUGUUGACAGACGUAGCAGCGAGCGAUUAUAGUAUGUCGAGCACUAGCUGUCGACUAGAUCAAGCUGUAGAUUUUAUAUGAGGAUGCUGAGGUGGAUGUUAUGCGUUUUGGUUGACAUAACUACAUAUUCAGUACUUAGAAAAAAUAAAAUAAAAUUGCAAUGUAUAAUAUUGAGUAUGAUUAUUGUUGUUUAAUAUGA